CAAAGGCGGCAACCAGCCGAGCUGCGGCAGACGAGAGCUGCAUCCUCGGUGGGUGGCUUUGUGUUGUGUUCCGCGCGCUGCUCUCUCUGGCGUCCGGAGCGGAGUCCUAGAGGGGGACAACAUGCCAACUGCCAAGCAACUAGCUGACAUUGGCUACAAGACCUUCUCUACCUCCAUGAUGCUCCUCACUGUGUACGGGGGCUACCUCUGCAGUGCCCGAGUCUACCACUAUUUCCAGCGGCGCAGCUCCCGGCGCCAGGCUGCAGAAGAACAGAAGACCUCAGGAGUCCUGUAGAACCGGGGGGCUAUUUUCCUUGAACAGAGAGGCCUGAGGCAUGCUGUGGAACGAUCUCACCUGCACUCAGUUCCAAGUCAAGAGAACUAGGGCCUUAAUGGUUUCCAAAUCCUGCUGAGAAAAAGUGCCCAUGUUUUCUCUGAUACUCCAUCUUGGGGAGGCUGUUGAAUCACAACAGGAAUGGGAAGAUAAGGCAGACAUUAAAUAUUUUGCCAUGUC